GAAGGUUUUUAGCGUGCCACACAGGACAGGAAGUAAACUCGAGCUGGGCGAGCAGGUUGAUAUUCGCCAGUUUACGAAGCGUUUUGUUCAGUAAAUAACUCAUAUCAUUUCGAUUUGUAGUUUACUGUUAAUUCAACAUGCUGAUCAAAGUGAAGACUCUCACUGGAAAAGAAAUAGAGAUCGACAUUGAGCCCACAGACAAGGUGGAGCGAAUCAAAGAAAGGGUGGAGGAGAAGGAAGGGAUCCCCCCUCAGCAACAAAGACUCAUCUACAGCGGAAAACAGAUGAACGAUGAGAAGACGGCGGCAGACUACAAGAUCCAGGGAGGCUCGGUGCUUCAUCUUGUGUUGGCACUAAGAGGAGGCUCAACGCUCCACAGGCCCUGCAUACACUCCAACUCCCUGUCAUGAGUGGCUGUUGUCCUGGGGCCAGCUGAGUGCCAACGCUUUAGGUGUCUGUCACCAUCUAACCAUGCUGCAGCACAUAGAUAUGAAAUCCCACGCUCCCGGGCCGAAGCAAACAAAAUCAACCACCGCCCCCCCCC